AUGGCGCCCGAGGCAACCUAUGGUGUAAGACUUGUGAAUGGUCCAUCGCCCAGUGAAGGAAGAGUAGAGAUUUUGUACAAUGGCCAAUGGAACACCAUCUGUGAUAAUUACUGGAAUCUUGAAGAAGCACAGGUUGUUUGUCGUCAGCUUGGCUAUAGCACCGAUAAUGUCGUGGCAAGGAGUUUUGCCUACUAUGGUCAAGGUUCAGGACCGAUUCAACAAGUCCAGUGCUCUGGUUGGGAGUAUACCUUGGCGUCCUGUACUCUGACUUCAGGUUACGCAUGUGGCCAUUAUGAGGAUGCAGGAGUAAGAUGCGGUAGCGACAUUUUCACAACCUUUGAUCCAUUUCCAUGGCCAACGAUAACCACAGGCGCUGGAAUCUAUAACGUAAGGCUCGUGGACGGUCCAUCGCCCAGAGAGGGAAGAGUAGAGAUUUCAUACAAUGGCCAAUGGAACACUAUCUGUGAUGAUACCUGGAAUCUUGAAGAAGCACAGGUUGUAUGUCGUCAGCUCGGCUAUGACACCGAUAAUGUCGUAGCAUGGAGUUCUGCCUACUAUGGUCAAGGUUCAGGACCGAUUCAACAAGUCCAGUGCUCUGGUUGGGAGUAUACCUUGGAUCAAUGUACUCUGUCUUCAGGGGAUUCCAUAUGUGGCCAUUAUGAGGAUGCAGGAGUAAGAUGUGGAACAUCAGGAGCAUCUCCUCGGGUAAUCGGAUCAAUGUCAUUCGUCGGAGUGUCCUUGUUUCUCCUAACCAUCAUCGCCAUAGUUGCUGUUGUGUUCGUGUGCAGUCAACAGAAGAUUUCCCCUUCAGCAGCUAUGGGAAUGCAACAGUUAACUACUCUUACCACUAACCCUGCACCUCAACCAGCAUCAACCACGCCCAUGCCUGCACCCGUCUGCGUCGAUGUACCUGUUUAGAUGAUGGACAGAAACCCACGUUUGCUUAUUAGAAGAUUCCGACUGCCAUUCUAAAAGGUGUGCCUCACAAUUGUUUUCAGUUUUUCCUUGUGAUUGCUCUCAGUUGUAUAUACUUAUACAUUCAAAAUAAUCCAGUAUGUUAUUGUAAAUGUUACUGCUAUCGUUCCAUGGUUUCAUUAGAAUCUGGUUAGAUGUGUUAAGAGUAUUUGGAUACAGUCUGACAACUUAAAUAACAAUUGUAAUGCCACAAAAUAUAUAUAUAUUCAGUUGAAUAUUUUUUAGAUGGGAAAUGGUUAAAUAAAUGUUUAUUUAAAGUAUAUAUUGUAAAUAAAUCUGCUGAGCUUCUCAUUUAUAUCUUACUUUUAUUGUAGAAUACUAUCUAUUAAAGGAUGUUUUACAUUUCAAAAAAUUUGAUAUAUCUCGCGCAAAUAUUAUAUAUUCAAAUCAUGCGUAGCCCGUUAAACAAAAUAUCUUUCAAACGGUGUUCAAUCAUGGAUUAAUAAUUGUGCCUUAUUGCUCAAUCAGUUAUUCAAAUCACAUGCGCGAUCUUCCACAGAGUAGAUUUUCAUAAUGUCAAUUUCUUUUAAAACUUGUUAUGUUCUAUCAUAUUUGCCUUUACCCUCAUUAUGUAUUCGGUUACAAAUUAUAAUUGCUUAUCAUGAUUCAUGAACAUGAUCAUUGGAAAAAUGCCUCCAAAAGAAUCAAAAGGAACACACGUCAGUGUGUAAGUAUUGUUACUGUAAGCCAUCGCUUGAAAUAAUUCUUGUACUGGAUUAUGAAUUAUCAUGGAAAGCGCGUGAUAGAAUGAUAAUAACGAUUGCCGUAGUAAUUUACAGUAGUAUGCUGCAAUACUUGAUUAAAAGUGCGCUAAAUACUUUUUUUAUAUUAUAUCUUCUCAUUUGGAUAUAUUCUAUAUGAUUUAGGGAACACCGUCUGUUGCAGUCACAAUGGCGUUGAUCCAUAUUACUUUGAAAUUGUGCUAACGCCCUUGCGACCCCAAACAGACGUCAUGUUAAAAUAUCGUUGUACAGUGUGUCGCACGUUUUAAAUCACAACAAAAUGUGACGUAUUCAAUAGCCAUAUGCAUUAUCAAUAAUAAAACAUGACCUGUACUUUUCCUAUUUUCUACU